CGCGAGCUGGGCUAUACUUACCCCUGGCACUACUUCACCUUCGUCUGUAUAUGUUCCUUUCCCGUAUCUCGCUCACUGGCUUCCCCCUCACACUUUUGAGAAGAAGAUCUUCCGACCUUUCUGCUUUGGUUGUUAAUCUGAACUUACCGAGCGAUAUUUCAUUCCAUAGAGUGAUUUGAUUGAGACCAUCGAUGUCUAAUCUCACGGGACUCAACACUGCUGCGGGUCCAAACCCAAAUAAAUCGUUCGAGGUGGUUCAACCUCCCACGGAUUCUGUUUCCAGCCUUAGCUUCAGUCCCAAGGGAAAUUACCUCGUUGCUACUUCUUGGGAUAACCAGGUUAGAUGUUGGGAGAUAGCACGUACAGGCCCCACUGUUGCCAGCAUGCCAAAAGCAUCCACAUCGCACGACCAGCCGGUCUUAUGCUCGGCUUGGAAGGACGAUGGAACUACUGUGUUUUCUGGUGGGUGUGAUAAGCAAGUUAAGAUGUGGCCAUUGAUGUCAGGUGGGCAACCUGUGACUGUGGCCAUGCAUGAUGCCCCUGUCAAGGAAGUUGCUUGGAUCCCAGAGAUGAACCUCUUGGUUACUGGAAGUUGGGAUAAGACUCUGAGGUACUGGGAUACUAGACAGUCAACUCCAGUCCAUACUCAGCAGCUGCCUGAUCGUUGCUAUGCACUAACAGUUCGCCAUCCUUUAAUGGUUGUUGGCACUGCAGAUCGGAAUUUGAUAGUGUUUAAUUUGCAGAAUCCUCAGACUGAGUUUAAGAGAAUCACUUCGCCUCUGAAGUAUCAGACAAGAUGUGUUGCUGCAUUUCCUGAUCAGCAAGGUUUCUUGGUUGGCUCAAUAGAGGGAAGAGUUGGUGUUCAUCACUUGGAUGAUGCUCAACAAAGUAAAAACUUUACUUUCAAAUUCCACAGAGAGGGAAGUGAGAUCUACUCAGUCAACUCUUUAAACUUCCAUCCAAUACACCAUACUUUUGCAACGGCAGGAUCUGAUGGCGCAUUCAACUUCUGGGACAAGGACAGUAAGCAACGGCUCAAGGCCAUGUCUAGAUGCCCUCAACCUAUACCAUGCAGCACUUUCAACAAUGAUGGCUCGAUAUUUGCAUAUUCGGUGUGCUACGACUGGAGUAAAGGUGCAGAGAAUCAUAAUCCAGCAACAGCAAAGACCUAUAUUUUCCUUCACCUACCACAGGAGUCUGAGGUAAAAGGCAAACCAAGGAUUGGAACCAGUGGGAGGAAAUGAAUUUGGUAUCCGGUAGUGCAACUAAAUGGGACAAACCAGUUUUUUUUUUUUAUUAUUUUUGUAAAUGGUAGCAUUAUUUUAGUUUUUUUCCUAGCUAGUUUUGAAGAAGUUAAACAGUCGUGGUCAGUCAAUGAAUCAUGAAUGUAUUUUGGAAAGUGAGGCUUUUUAAGUUACGGGGACCUUCUUUGUUCAGGUUGAAGUUGGGGAUUUGCAGAGCUCUUAAGUUAAUUUGGUUCAUUACUUGAUUGUAAAAGGAGGUUUCGGAGAAUAGUUUGAUACAGCUACAAUACAAGUGAAAACCAUCUGCGGCUGUAAGUUAAUUCCAAUUGAAUGGUGCCUUUAAUUUAGUAUUUUGCACAA